GGGAAAAUAAACAAGAGAAACAAAUAAGUUUUUCUUGUGUUUUUCCCUUAUAAAUUAGGAGCAAAUAAAAAAUAAACAAUAAUAACAAUAUAUAAAAUUAAAAUGUAUACAUAUUCUUCAUUAAAAAAGACUUUUGUCAUUUUUUCUUAUCUUUUUAUUUCUACGUCUGCUAACUUAUUCUGGGGAUUACCCGGUCUAGGAGGUCAUCAUAUACAACGUCAAUUUCCUCAUAAUCCUAUACAACCUCAAUUUCCUCAAAAUCCUAUACAACCCCAUAAUCCUUUCCGACCCCAUAAUCCUUUCCAAUAUGGGCGUGGCGGGGGCGGAGGUGGUGGCGGUGGUAAUGGUGGUGUUGGUGGAGGAAUUGGAGUAGGAUUUUUACCUCCUCUUCCUAGAAUAGGUGACUUUAUUCCAGGUUUUGGGUUCUCACCUAAUCCCCAACUACCCAAAAUCGGACCAGGUAUACCCGUAAAGUUACCGGAAGUACCAAAAGAUGUGCCUAAAUUGUUGCCAUUAGUAGGAGGAAUAUUAGAGACAAAAUAUUUGGGAAAAUGGGAAUUUAGUCUUGAGGAUGCAGGAGUAUCAGCCAUGCAUUUGCAGUUAAUGCCUAAUGAUAGAUUUGUAAUGUUUGAUGCAACUUCAUUAGGUAAAUCAGCUGUUGAGUUGCCUCCUGAUCGUUGUCGUGUUGUUCUUAAUAAGCCUGCUGGUACGUUGGAUUGUUAUGCUCAUGCUGUUGAAUAUGAUAUUGCAACCAACAAAAUUAGAACUCUCAAGGUGCUCACAAACCCAUGGUGCUCAAGUGGAGGACUAGCACCAGAUGGUACAUUAAUAAACACAGGAGGAUGGGAAGAAGGAGCCAACAUCAUUCGAUACUACCAAUCAUGCGACACAUGUGAUUGGAGGGAAUCAAACCUAAAAUUAUCAGAUGUCAGAUGGUAUGCUACUCAAACAAUGCUGCCUGAUGGAUCUUACGUCCUGUUUGGAGGACGCCGUGCUUUUAACUACGAAUUUAUUGCCCCUGAAGGCAAACCUUCCCCUGGAAAAAUAGACUUCCCUUUCCUUUUUGACACAACUGAUAUUCAUGAAAACAAUCUCUACCCCUUCAUUCAUCUUGCACCUGAUGGAAAUCUCUUCAUUUUCGCGAAUUUCAAGUCCGUUUUAUUUGAUGUACGAAUCAAUAAAAUCAUUCGGGUUUACCCUGAUUUGCCUGGUGGUGCUCGAAACUACCCUGGCUCGGGUAGCUCUGUAAUCCUACCAAUUGAUUUACAAAAUGAUGGGAAUAAUCUUGAUAUUGAAGUUAUUAUUUGUGGGGGUGGACAACCUUUAGCGUUUGGUAAGGCCGAGAAGGAAGGGAUUUUCCUUCCGGCCUUAGACACUUGUGGGCGGAUCAAGGUUCUUGACCCGAACCCUAAAUGGGAAAUCGAAACGAUGCCAUCUCCUCGUGUUAUGAGUGAUAUGUUGAACUUACCUAAUGGGGAUGUGAUCAUUCUUAAUGGUGCUAAAAAGGGUGCUUCCGGUUGGCGAUUUGCUGAUGAGCCGGUUUUUACACCCUUUUUGUAUAGCCCUUAUAAGGCUAAUGGGAAACGGUUCAAAGUCUUGGCUGCAACGACAAUUCCUCGAAUGUAUCAUUCAUCAGCCGCGAUUCUCCCUGAUGCACGAGUUUUCGUUGCAGGAAGUAAUACCAAUCCGGGAUACCUAUUCAAGAAUGUGAAAUUCCCAACUGAACUUUCCUUAGAGAAAUUUAGUCCUCCUUACCUUGAUCCGGAACUCCAAAAGUAUAGGCCUAAAUUUACAUUGCAAAACAAAGGGUUAAAGUAUGGACAAAAGGUUGGUUUUUCAAUGAACAUAGGUCUUCCUGGAAUAGCCCAACAAAAAGAUGUUACGGUAACAAUAUACCCACCACCUUUUACCACACAUGGUUACUCCAUGAGCCAAAGGCUUGUAGUCUUGAAAAUUACGAGUUUUUUGGUCCAAGACGGGGGCAACUAUCAAGUCCAAGUCGAUGCUCCUACUAAAGGCGAGAUUGCUCCUCCUGGUUACUACCUUAUGUUUGUUAAUUAUCGUGGUGUUCCUAGCAUUGCUUCGUGGAUUACAUUGCAAAAAUAGAUUACACGGUUUUGAAAAA